UCCUAGGGGACAGAGGGAGGGCCGGGGCGGUGCGAAGCGGGGGUGGGCCCCAGCGCGUAAUGGCAGCGCGGUGGCCUCGCGUCCAUCUUUACCGCUCUCUCGGACCUGUCACAAAGGAGUCGCGUCGCCGCCGCCGCCGCCGCCCCCUCCCUCAGAACUGCCACUGGAUGACCAGGACUUCCUGGAGUUGAUAAUGUUGGAGAUCAGUUCUGCCACUGUUUUUGGCAUUCGGUUAUUAAAAGCAAAUAGGAUGCAAGUUCCUCCACUCCAGAUUAUGAAGACAGUACUUGGAAAACUGGAAACUAUCUAAAUGAUUGUCUUUGGUUGGGCCGUGUUCUUAGCAAGCAGAAGCCUUGGCCAGGGUCUGCUGUUGACUCUUGAGGAGCACAUUGCCCACUUCCUGGGGACUAGAGGCACUGCUGCUACCAUGGGUAAUUCCUGUAUCUGCCGAGAUGACAGUGGAGCAGAAGACAGUAUUGACACCCAACAGCAGCAGGUCGAGAGCAGUGCAGCACCCACUGCUGAUUUGAGGAACCAGCCCCGGGACCCUGUUCGGCCACCAAGGAGGGGCCGGGGGCCCCAUGAACCAAGGAGGAAGAAACAAAACGUAGAUGGACUAGUGCUGGACACACUAGCAGUCAUACGAACUCUUGUAGAUAAUGAUCAGGAACCUCCCUAUUCAAUGAUUACUUUGCAUGAAAUGGCAGAAACAGAUGAAGGAUGGUUGGACGUUGUCCAGUCUUUAAUUAGAGUUAUUCCAUUGGAAGAUCCAUUGGGACCAGCUGUUAUAACAUUAUUACUAGAUGAAUGUCCAUUGCCCACUAAAGAUGCACUCCAGAAAUUGACUGAAAUUCUCAAUUUAAAUGGAGAAGUAGCUUGCCAGGACUCAGGUCAUCCUGCCAAACACAGGAACACAUCUGCAGUCCUAGGUUGCUUGGCUGAGAAACUAGCAGGUCCUGCAAGUAUAGGUUUGCUUAGCCCAGGAAUACUGGAAUAUUUGUUACAGUGUCUGAAGUUACAGUCCCACCCCACAGUCAUGCUUUUUGCACUUAUCGCACUGGAAAAGUUUGCACAGACAAGUGAAAAUAAAUUGACUAUCUCUGAAUCCAGUAUUAGUGAUAGACUUGUCACAUUGGAGUCCUGGGCUGAUGAUCCUGAUUAUCUGAAACGUCAAGUUGGGUUCUGUGCUCAGUGGAGCUUAGACAAUCUCUUUUUAAAGGAAGGUAGGCAACUUACCUAUGAGAAAGUGAACUUGAAUAGCAUCAGGGCCAUGCUGAAUAGCAAUGAUGUCAGCGAAUACCUGAAGAUCUCACCUCAUGGCUUGGAGGCUCGCUGUGAUGCCUCCUCUUUUGAAAGUGUACGCUGUACCUUCUGUGUGGAUGCAGGGGUGUGGUACUAUGAAGUAACAGUGGUUACCUCUGGCGUCAUGCAGAUUGGCUGGGCCACAAGAGACAGCAAAUUUCUCAACCAUGAAGGCUAUGGCAUUGGAGACGACGAGUACUCCUGUGCCUAUGAUGGCUGCCGGCAACUGAUUUGGUAUAAUGCUAGAAGUAAGCCUCAUCUACACCCAUGCUGGAAAGAAGGAGACACAGUAGGAUUUCUGUUGGACUUAAAUGAAAAACAAAUGAUAUUCUUUUUAAAUGGCAACCAGCUGCCUCCUGAGAAACAAGUAUUCUCAUCUACGGUAUCUGGAUUUUUUGCUGCAGCUAGCUUUAUGUCAUAUCAACAAUGUGAGUUCAAUUUUGGAGCAAAACCAUUCAAAUAUCCACCAGCUAUGAAAUUUAGCACUUUCAAUGACUAUGCCUUCCUAACUGCUGAAGAGAAAAUCAUUUUGCCAAGGCACAGGCGUCUUGCUUUGUUGAAGCAAGUCAGUAUCCGGGAAAAUUGUUGUUCUUUGUGUUGCGAUGAAGUAGCAGACACACAGUUGAAGCCAUGUGGACACAGUGACCUGUGCAUGGAUUGUGCCUUGCAACUGGAGACCUGCCCAUUGUGUCGUAAAGAAAUAGUGUCUAGAGUCAGACAGAUUUCUCACAUUUCAUGACACACAGGAAGAGGCAUUGUGGAAUUAUUUCUACUCAAUUCCAACCAAUGUUGAAAAAAAGAAAACAAAGACAAAAACAUCUCUAAUCAGUUGUACGCACAUUGAAACUUAUAGCCAUGACCAGAUUUUAUGCUAAAAACGGUAGUUUGUCAAAGAAAAAAAAAUUCUCUUAGAAUCUAACCCAACUUACCAGCCGUAAGAAUUUCCUUUUAAGGCCAGGGAAAGCUGAGUGGUAACAGCUAGGCCUGUGGUACUUCCAUGAAAAAAAAUAGGAGGCAAUGCCCUCCUAAGUGCUGAAACCACGGAAUCCUCUGUGUUGGGUUUGUUUGAUUGAUUUAACACAGGAUGUUUUGUCUCAUCUUAUAAAAUUUCUUUUUUUAUUUUGGGCAGAAGUCAUUCUGGGGGGGAUAAUGGCAAGCACUUAUGGGCUAAGCAUAACCUCCCAUUGGUCAGAAAUGCCUGUGUGUUAGUGUGGAUAUUGCGCUGCAAGACUUGAAUCUAUGAAACUCAACUCACACAAGUCACAACUACAAGCAACAAGGAGGGCCUGAGAGAUGGUGCAUGGACUGUAGAAGAAAACCCACAUUUUUGAUAUUUCAGUGAUUCCAAAGAACAUUCUGAUUUUUUUUUUUAACUGCAGAAAAUUGAUGGUAUUUUCACAUUCGUGGUGUUUCUAUCCAAUUUCAGUACCCACAUUUUGUGAGGAGAAAUGUUUUAACAACGCAGGAGGAGGUCUUAAUCGCAAUAUUAGACUGGAGAAAUUCGGUAUUAAGGGUAUUUUUAAGAUACCAUCAAAUCAGGUUUAUUGUUUUAUUUGCUAAAGAACUUUUUUAAAUCAGUAUUGUUUCUGGAAGUCAUAUCCUUUGAAACUCUUAGUUUCAAAAACUCUUAGAGGACAGUCUGAGAGCACAUAUUCCUAUGGUUUUAAAUAAAUACAUGUUUUUUAAUAGUAAAUUCAAUUAUGGAUUGUUGACUAUGUCUUCAUCAAAAGUGUUAAUCCCUCUCAGGGUCUCUGGUGAAGACCUUUAAGAGUUUGGUUUUUUCUCCCAGAAAAUUGGAAGGUAGAAUUGUAAAUUCAUAGAACUUAUUUUAUAAUGGUGUACCUCAGCAGCUGCCUUUCAAUUUAUGCCAAGUCCUUACUGAGUUUAUACUUGAAUAGUAAAUAUGUCUUCUGAGUUUUACAGUGUCUUAAACGUAAUGCACAUUUUUUUUUCCUUUCCCACCCUUUCUUGUUUGUAGCUAAUUAAACUGUCCUAUUACAGAGAUGAUUUCCUUCCUGGCUGUACUUGUUGGGGUGCUGGAUUUUUUUCCAUGUCUUUAGUCUUCCAUAAAUUCAAAUAUAUAUAUAUGUAUAUAUAUAUACAUAUAUAAAUAUAUGUUCACUUCUUUA